GGCCAGGGCGAACGUGGGUGCCGUGGCCCGGCGGGCGGCGGCGGCGACGACGGCCGUGCGACAGCGGCGGCUGGUGCUCAGCAGACCGGCUCGAGCCGUCGCCACCAAACCCAACCCGUUCGCCUCCAGCAACAUGUACUACGACAAGGACUGGCUGCAGAAGCAGGAGCGCGGCUUCACCGCCUGGCUCAACUUCAUCCUGACGCCCAGCGAGUACAGCUGCGACGACGUCAAAGUGGACGCCGCGCGGAUCCUGCUGGAGGCGAAGCGGACGCGCGUGCCGCCGGCCCCCUCACGAGAGACGCUCUCGCUGCGAGAGUACACGGCCCAGCGCCGGCUCAACCGGCUCCGUAUGGACGCCUGCAGGCUGUUCGAGGAGCCGCAGAUGACCCGGGUCAUCCGUAACGUUGAGCGCGAGGUGGAGACGGGCGGACUGCGCGUGCGCCGUGACCGCACCCUGCACGCCGACGUCGAUCUGAAGUGUGGUCUGCGGCCCCAUGUGUACUCCGUCUGCUCAGAUCUGAAGUGUGGUCUGCAGGCCUCCAUGUGUGCUCCGUCUGCUCAGGUCUGA